AUCCUCUUUCUUUUCGAAUUUCUCGUGAAAACGCCAACAUGGGUUUCGCUACUCUCUGGUACUCGCAUCCCCGCAAAUACGGCCAAGGCUCCCGAUGCUGCCGUGCCUGCUCUAACCGCCACGGUCUGAUCCGCAAGUACGGCCUGAACAUCUGCCGUCAGUGCUUCAGGGAGUACGCCAACGACAUUGGCUUCAAGAAGCUGGACUAAACGUCCUCUUCGCCUUUAGACGCGCCUAGAGCGUGUCGAAAAACAAACUCGGCAUAUUAAUACACACAGUCGUCUCAGAUGAUGGGGACUUCGUAUAUUAAUAUGCCGGCAACAGCAGCAGCAGCAACAGCAACCAUAUAAUCAUUUGGAGAUUUAAGCGACGACAAAGCUAAAACGUGUGCACCACAACAUCUGGCAUCGAUUCCAAAGUAAUCUCUUAAGCAAGAAACCAGAAGGGCCCGCAAGACAACGCCAGAGCACGCAGGAUUCUAACAGUUGCCGCCUUCCACGAAGGAUCUUUGUUAAAAUACCAGUUUGUUUAAAUCUCCAUCUAAUUAAAUCCAUAACAAGAAACCAUGUA